UAGAAGAAAGAAAUAUUUGAGAUGCAACUACUGGAAUAGAGACUAGGCCUAAUUAAGAAUCGUUAGUUGCAAACUUUACGAAAUGUCGGUUGAAUAUUAUCAGAAAGUUAAAGAGUUACAACGUUUACAGCACGAAAAGGAACAGGAAAGAAUGGAAUUGGACCAACAACUCAACUCAUACUUAAAAUCAGGGAAACAAUUAACCCAGUUUAAGGCAGCUAGACUUCAAACCUACUGGCAAAAGAUAUGCGAUGACGAACGCAAAAGUCGUGCACGUAAUGAACAACUAUUGCAGGAAUUCCAACGUGUGCAAACUCAUAUGGACGCCCUCUCAGUGAGAACAGAGAGGCUUAGAAUGCUUAAGGAGCAAUAUGAAUUACAAGUUGAGAAAAUGUAUCCAAGGUGGAAAGAAAAAAUGGAACUUGAGCAGCAAAAACGAAAUAAAGUAGAAAUGAAGAGUGAUGGAAACGAGUAUCAACGUCUAAACAGACUUCGGUUCCAAAGUACAUUUGCAGAUUCACCGUUGUCAGGGCAACAAGGGAUUCCCACCAUCCACUUGCAAGUUCCUCAGCCAACGAUUCUUCAAUCAUCUGUAAAUGGUGUACCUUAUGAGCAGCCCUCCAUAGACUCUUACAUAUCUGGAGAACCAGAUAUGCAAUCAGAGGAGCCUGCUUAUCUCACCAGUAAGGUCUCACCAGGUUUUUCGAGAGCACAAGAAUUUUCCAAAAAUGCUCAUGCCACAAAUGUUUCACGAGAUGAUUCCAAAGAUGAUGAUUAUGCCUAUGCAGACAUUUCAAGUGACAACUAUGAAAUGCCGAUAUCUGCUUCAAAUGGCUUGAAACAAAUUCCUUCUAGAAGACAUCAUGAUGAGAAGAUUUCAGUAGAUGCUCCUGCCACAGUCAUUUCAGUUGAUCAGAAACAUCCAACACAAUUAGUUUCAAGUGCCACUAUACCGAACAACAACUUUGAUAAGAUCAAAGAGUCUGGACUCAGCUUGUCUUCAGAUUCAGAAAGUGCCUACCAUCCAUUAGACUUCAGGAAAUCUGGAGAUCCAUUGAGUGUUGUCAAAGGAAACAGUAGUUUGGAUUCUGAGAAAAAUGGAACACAUCACCGGCAUUCUGGUCCAGCACUUGCAAGGCAACAACCAAUUGAGAGUGAUGUGCAAGACUAUACACCUGAUGAGGUCAACUCGCCUGUGGCCCCAGAAUCUUCCUCAACACUGUUUACUUCUGACACCGACCAUGAAUCUGACAAAAAGUCUAACCCACUCAUGAAUGAAAGCGUACAAAAGAAAACAGAUCAUUUUAAGCAGGACACUGUAUUCAUGAGAGAAAAUUCCAAUCUAAAAAUUGACAGUGACAGUGAAAUUGGAAGUGAUACCAGUUUGCCCCUGUCUGACGAUAAUUUAAAAACAACCGAGCAAGAAAAUAAGCCUAAGUUAAGUGCUGAACCUCAAGAUCCUUUGGUAACAACCGAUGGACUAUGGCAUAUAAUCAAGGCAGUUGAAGUUGAGAUUGACGAAAGCGAUGAAGUUGAUAUGAUUUACAACGCCCCCAUCGGAACAGAAGCCAUUGUAGCUGAGAUUGUGAAGGAGGCGAAUGCUAACAGGAGCCUAAAGCACCUAAAUCCCAACACUAUGAGUAUGGUGAUACUAAGGGAGCUUCCCCUUAUCAUACGGAAGUCCAGUGGCGGAUGUCUCAUAUCAGAUAAAAUACUGACUAGUAAUAUGCCCUGUGGAGAGGCCACUAUAAGAUCGUAUAUGUACUCGGCAUCAUUAUCAAUAUGGGACAGGCUCUUACAGCACUUUGCUACUCUGCUGCAAAGGGAAGCCUUCAGCGUUGACAAAAUUGCUAAUACAUUUGCACCUCUGAUGAUUAAGGCAGAGAGCGUGGCUACUUACAAGACUAAGGCAAUACAAGUUCUGACAAAUGUUUUAGCUGAGAUGCCACUGAACGAAACAUUUGAUGAGACAGUAUCAUCGAUAGGAGUCACUCCCAAAUACUCACAAGAAAACAGAACAUCUACACGGCAAGAUCAUAGAAGUGGUAGUCAAGUUCCUCCACUGGAUUUAGGCAUAAAUAGUGACUCUGAAGACAGUGAGGAUGAUAGCCAGGGUAGUACUUCUGAUAAUGGUGUCCCACUAAAUGAAACUGAUGCAUAUCAGCAGAUGAUGAGGCAACUCACAUUACAAGGUGAUGUGUCUGAAGAGAUAUCAGGACUAGAGGAUGAUGAAGAUGGCACGGACAGGACACUAGACUCUAGGGCUAGGAAAUCAGUUGAGGAUAGGCCUAGGCAUGGCACUCCACCAUCUAGUACAAGAUCCAAUAAGGGUAGAAGAAAUGUGCUAUCAUCUCUUGGUGGUAUGGGUAGUCUUGGCAUAUCCUACGGCAAUGAGAACAAUGAAGACGGGGCACAUAUAGACACCGGCAGAUCCGGAAACAGCGAUGUAAUCAGCUCCCUGGAGCCAACCCCACGGGAGUCAGCCUACGUUCCAUCGGCCAUGGAUCAGAGUUUAAAGUCUACAGGCAAAAGCGACAAAUCAGUGACAAAACGAUCGGCUGCAUUUUGGGGAAAUGAAUCCGAUAUUGAAUCAGAAUCUGAGAUGACCGUUCCCAUGGGAACAGGCACAAUCCCGAUGGGUACCGGUACUAUGAAAUCUGAUGAAGAGUCUAUUGAUGAUUUUGAUUUCUAUGACUGAAAAAUUAUUUUAAUCAAGGAUUUUAAUUUCAAUGAUUGAGAAAUAUUGCAUAUCAUUUCUCAAUCACAUUCAUAAAAUCCUUGAUUAAAUGAAUUUUCAUCAAUUUUAUCGAAUUCCUUUAUUCUUAAUUUUAUUUUUUAUUUUAAUUAUCCUGAAGUAUCAUUUCUAUAUUACUCUACUUACACUUGUACUGCAUUACUAAUGUAUUAUUAUAAUCUUCUGGUAUAAUUUAUUUUUAAAUAUUUUUUUUAUUAUAAGGAUGCACCAUUAACUUUAAACGCAUCACCGAUCUGAAGGUGAAUAUCCAAAUAAAUAAAUAAGUUAAAUAAAAUUUACCAAGUCUUGAAUAAACGAAAAUAAUGUCCCUAAUAACUCUAUUAAAAAAAAUAUUCCCUGACAAACCUUUUGGUCAGUUUUUCGUCAGGUGACCCCUAAUUCACUUCCCCUCUAAACAUAAGAAGCUCUGUGAGUUAGGUAAAUGAUAAUUUUAUAUUUACCAUAUACUGAAAUACAUUUUAUGAAGCAUAAAUUUUAAAAUCUGAAUAUAGCAAUUCACUUAUGGAUAUAUUCCUUGCAGAAGUUCAGAUUUGCUUGGUAGUUUUCAGUUCCCCAUUUCAAAUAAGAUAGUGCAACAUGAAAAUAUGUGUAACUAGAGCAGUCACUCUAUUGAGUGCAUACAUCCGCCCUGUGCCUGAAUACAGUAACAAUACACAGGUCGUGUAUGAUAGUACUGGUACUAGGUAUUUAUAUUGCACUUUUCCCAGAACAGAACUGCAGCACCCUCAAUGAAAUAAUAGAAUCACCCAUAGUAGCAUGCACAUUAUUUUCUCAAGUGCUGCAACCUAUUCUCAGAGGUAAUGAUAUGAUAAUAGUAUAAUAUAUGCCAACCAACCAACCCCGAUUAACAAAUGUCUCUGUCCUUUGUAGACAAAUUCAACAAUUUUUUGGGGGCUAACCACUAUUUGCGGCAAAAAAUGCUACGCCAGUCACUUGUCGCAAAUCAUGUUUCGGAAAUAACGGUUAAAACAUGUUGGAAUGUCAAAAUUUUCGAAAUUUAUUUUAUUGCACUAAACUAACCUUUAUAUGUGUUUACAGUAGGUCUCUGCCUAAGAAAUGUCUGAAAUCGUGAACUUUGAAGGCUGCUUUCUUUAAACAGAUGUAUGUUUAAAUUCCUGUAACUUUUAAUGAAAUGCCAGAUUUAUAUAAUUCUUUUAUCAUUUUAUAACCUUCAUUUUACUGUAUUACCUUGUACUGUAUUAAUAACUAAAAAUCAAUUUUUGCAAAGAGUGACUGAUUUGGCUCAUCUGCCACAUUUAUGAUGUCUUAAGUUUUACUGUAUAUAAUGUUUUCUAAAGUCAUAACAUUCCAAUGGGUAAUCAGGCUACUUGCAAGACUUGCCAACACUGAAUAGUGUACCACAAUAUCUACCUUGAGUCACUCUGCUAAUUGUAUAGCACUAUAUGAUAAACUACUUAAAUUAUCGGAAUACCUUGACAAUGUAUUUACAUUCCGCUGCAAAUACUUUAAAUUAUUCAGCAUUAAAACCUACUUUAUUUCAUAUUAAUGUUUAUUUUGUACUGUCCUAAUCAUUUUGAGAAUGCAUGAAAAAUAUUUUGAAUAUGUUUUGUAUGGUGUGAAAUAAACCAUGUCAUUUAAAAA